AUGAGAAGAAGCCUUUCUUCAUGCUCUUCCUCGUUCAAGUCAUCUGUACGAAAGAUUACUUCCGCUGGUCAUCGCCCCUUCCAUGAUGUCAAUACGAGAACAACCUCUGUUUUGAAUCAUACAUUAUGCGGAGGUGCAAAUAUGAAAAAUGGAUCGGAUCAUGAUGACUUUUCGUUAAUUAAUUGUUGUUCAUCAUCAUCAAUGAGAAAUUACCAUAGUCGGGCUAAUGACAGGUAUAAUUCUCGUUCAAAAACUAGAAAUGUAGUCGAGGAACAAAAGCCAAACACCGUAAAUUUAGAACAAGUUCACGAUACUAUCAAGAGAACAUUUAACAGCAAUGAAUUGGAUUGUAUUUUCAAGCCUAAGAGCAUUUGUGUCAUUGAUGACUUUAAUCCUGAAAUUCAUUCAUCUCCUGUUCCUGUUCCGAAUGAUAGCAUUAGUAGUACACUUGCAAGAAAUGUGUUGUGGAAUUUAAUGUCAGUCUCUCAAGUUAAAGUUUAUGCUGUCUCAAAGCACGUGGAAAGAGUAUUGCAAGAUCCAAACAGCAAGCGUCGUCCUCAUUUAUUAGGAGUUCAAAUGUAUUCUUCAUUGGGCGAGCUUUAUGACAACAAAGCAAGCUCCAGCAUCCCUCUGAAAUUAGAUUUAGCAGUCAUUUGUUGUCACCAAGUUGAAACCAUGUUUACUGCUCUGGAAGAAUGCAUCAAACAUGGUGUAAAAGGUUGUGUGAUUAUUGGAAGCGUUUACAGCAAAUUCUACGAAAAGUUUGCUGAAAAUCAAGCAGCAAACAUUGAGAAGAUGAAGGACAUUCUUAGAGGCUCGGAACUGAGAGUUAUUGGACCUGGAAUGGGUCUCAUUACACCACUGAUGACAUCUUCUGGCCAAUAUCAUGUCGGAGAAAUUUACAAUAACUUUUUGAACAUCACACCAACAAACAGAAGCUCAGAGCUCACUCGUGGUAAAGUGGCAAUUAUUUCUCAGUCGGGAGCUUUGGCAACCACAAUUUUGGACUGGAGUUUGAAGCAAGGCGGUGGGCUGAGUGGAUUUGCUUGUGUUGGAGCUGACCAAGUUGAUGUCAAUUUUGCCGACAUGGUAGAACAUUUCGGAAAUGACAAUAACACUGAUGCCAUAUUGUUGUACAUUGAAGAUUUGGGAAAUAAUGAACACAUCAAGAGAUUUGCUAGCGCUGCCAGAAGCGUUGCUCUGAAAAAACCAAUAAUUGCUAUGAAAAUGAAUUCUAGUAAUAGAAGUGAGGACAACCAUUUGAACGCUCUAUUUGAACGAGUUGGUAUUCUAAGAGUUAACUCUAUUGAAGAAAUGUUUUACAUGUCCCAAACAAUUGGAAAACAAGCAAUAACAAAAGGAAAUACUAUUACAGUAAUUUCAAAUUCUGGUGGAGCUGCUACACUUGCCGUUGAUGCCAUUUACCAAUCCGAAAUUACCGAGCUAGGAUCUUUGUCACCAAAGAGUGCUAAAUUAUUGCAAGAAAGUGGAAUUGAUGUUGAAGAGGCAUUACUUUCUGGUAAAAAAGCAAUUCCUGUCAAUAUCAGAAACACAGCUACUCCAGAGCAAUAUGUUGCAGCCCUUGAUAUCGUUUACAACGACCCAAAGACUGACAGCGUGUUGGUAAUGUUGACACCCCAAACAAGAACAGAACCAACCCGAACAGCGCAAUUCCUACAACGUUAUAUCGUUGAAAAAACAAAAGAAGGAAAGUUGUCGAAACCAAUCAUGUGUUGUUUUAUGGGCGGCAGAGACGUCGAAGCUGGUAGAAGUAUUUUGUUGAAUUCUGGUAUUCCUGCAUUUGCAUUCCCUGAAAUUGCAACCAAAGUUUUCCAAUACAACUACAGAUAUUCUAAGAACUUGGAAAAUCUCUAUGAAGACCCAAGUUUGUUGGACAAUGACCAUGAAAGUCAAAACGACGCUGAAGCCAAAAUGAAAGCUAGAGAAUACAUCAAGUCGCUCCAAAAACAAAAUCCUAACAAGGAGUUACUCAAUGAAUUCGAAAGCCAGCAACUUCUCUCUAUUUAUGGAAUCGAUGUACCUCAAACCAAGGUGGCUACUACAGUCGAAGAGGCUGUGGAGGCUGCCAAGUUAAUUGGAUUUCCAGUUGUGUUAAAAAUUCACAGUGUAGAUACAAGCAUUUCAAAAUUAGAUAUUGGAGGCGUUAUUGUUGGAUUGAGCGACGACAAACAAGUUAGACAAGGUUUCAUCUCCAUCAAACAAGCAGCUGAAAAGAGCAAUGUUAAAUUUACUGGUGUAACUGUACAAAACGAUUGCAAGAAACUAGUUGCAAGCAAGAAGGACUCCAUCGCUUUUGAGUUGUAUAUUGGUGCUGAAGUGGAUCCUCAAUUUGGACCUGUUAUUUCAUUUGGAACAGGAGGUUCACUUCAUCAAAUUUACAAAGACAAGAGUUUUGGUAUUCCACCUCUUACCGCUCCUUUAGCUUAUCAAAUGCUCAGAAAAACAAAGAUUUCAGAUGCUCUUGUUGAGAGAUUCAGAAAUAAGCCAGCAAUUGAUAUCGAGGGCUUAAAGACGUUGCUUGUAAAAUUUAGCAAGAUGGUGCUCGAUAAUUGUGAUCUGAUUAAGAGCUUUGAAAUUAAUCCUCUGCAAGCCUCUGCCACAGAGAGAGAAAAGAUAUUUGUGGCCUUGGAUUGUAAGAUGCUUCUUCACAAACCUUCGACUAAAAAGACACAACCAGUCAUACGAUCUUACGAAAGAAAAUAUGUUACCAAAUUCAAUGAUGAUAUUACGUACAAUAAGGCCAAGAAUGAUGCUCCUCAACCAUUGGAUCCAUAUGCUCUAACUCUUACCACUGAAUCUGACUCAAAGACCAUUUAUCAAGAAUUGGUUCAGUUUGUUUCAAGUGAUUUUGAUCGAGAAGUUGUGUUAUUUGCUAUCGAUAAGAGAAGCAAGGCAGUCAUUGGAAUGGGAGUUUACACGAUUUUACAAAAAUCCAUUAUCAGUGGAAGAAAACGAAAAGCAGAAGUGGCUUUAUUGAUUGGAGAGCAAGCUCAAGGAAAAGGUAUUGGAAAAUACAUUCUUGAUCAAUUGAUUCAAAUUGCCAAAAAUGAAGGCAAUAUUUCUCAAAUGAUUGCCUAUGCCAAUGAAUCGAAUGUUGGUAUGCUUAAACUUUGUGCCAGAGCUGGAUUCCAAGUUCAAGAAAAUGAAGAAUUAGCCAACCAAGGAGUCAUUGUAUCUACUUUAGAUUUGUAA